AUGGCGUUAGUGAAGCCGGUCAUCCUGCAGUGCCUGGAGCAUGCAAAACGCUGUGGUGAUUCGGAGGUGGAGGCUGAGGCUGAGGCUGAGACUGAGGCUGCUGAGGGAAUCGAUCUGGUCGGCGGUCCGCUUGCUCUGCCUGCGCCGCUACCUGGAGAACCCGAUGCGGCGCUCUCCGCGCAUACGUACGAGCAUGCGGUCAGGAAAAAAGCGAUCAGUAAGGACCUCGGGUAUGGCUUGGUCGCGACGGAGGACAUCCCCGCCGGCAGCGUCAUCUUCGCGGACCGGGUCGCCUGCAUCGGGGCCGAGGAGCUGGCGCGCUGGAAGACGCCGGAGGCGGGGAACAAGCUCGUCGCCGCGAAGGUCAAGGCGAUGGGCGAGGAGUGGCACCGUGCAUUCCUGGCGCUGCCGAAUCACCAGCCGCGGGUUGGGAACGAGUAUGCCCAGAUCUGGAGGCGCUAUCAGAUGGUCGCGGUGCGGAAGCGGGCCAGAGUCAUGGUCGUGGGGCCAAAGAUGGGGCUUGUCAACCACUCGUGCAUGCCGAAUGCGUUUCUCUACUACGCGCUGCGGUUCCCGAAGAAUAAACGAGGCGAGGAGGAUAAGAGCAAGCAGCCGACCAUCGGACGCGCGGUGGUGCGUGCCUCGGUGGAUAUCAAGCCGGGGGACGAGAUCACGAUCUCUUACUUCUACCCUAAGGGCGAGCAUAGCGUACGGCAGCUGAUGUCCAGCAUGUACUGCCAGUUCUGGUGCUACUGUCCGCAGUGUAGCCAGCCGGGUCCCGAGAUCGAAAAGAUGCUGGAGAGAUACUACCAGCUCCAACUUAUCUUCGAAGACGCAGAUAUUGUGUACAAACGACCGGCAGUGGCGUACAAGACAGCCUAUAGCCUAAUCAAGCUAUUCAAGGAUCUCAAGGUCAACGAUCCUCGGGUGAUUCAGCCCUGGAUCUUCUGCGCGAUGAUCGCAGGCUUCAAUUCGGACCUGGGUCGUGCUCUGCAAUUCCUCAUCAAGGCGCACACGUUGAUCUUGCAAUUACAAUGCCCUAAUGGCCAUCUUUAUGACAGGGUCAGCUGCUGGAUGCAGACGAUUGCUCUUAUGCCUGGUUUCGGCGCAACCACGCGCGGUCUAUCGAGUAUGACGGAUGGUUAUCACAUGGCCAGGGAUCGAGAGCACUUCCACGAUGUGCUGUUCAUGCUCGACGCGGAGCCCGACGAAUACAUCCGGCUGCACCGCUACCGGCGUCUCCCUGAUUGCCAGGUGAAAGAGGGUGAGAGCCGAUUCGCCGUUCGCUUUGAUGCAGAAGACAUGAGCCGCAAGAGGUUUGAGGAUGAGGAACCAGACCCUGUCAAGAUCAAGCCAUGGUGGGUGAUCCCUGAAGGUGACCGAGCCACAGAGCAGAAUGCGAAACCACAGAAGAAGAAAAAAGGCAGUCAGGAAGGAAAAGAACAACGCCAAAGGAAGAGAGCGGUCAACAAGAUUCCGAAGCCACGGAACCCCGAUUGCAUUGAGCCUGAAAAGGACUUCUUGGAUAUCUGCCGCGAGCUACUGACAGAAUUCCUGGCCGAGGAGAGGAAGAAGAAAGAGCAGACGAAGAACCAGGAAGAACAGGAGGAUCCCGAGGGCCAGCAGGAGGAUGCCAAUCGGCCGGGAGUAAGGCGUCAAGGAGUACGCCUCCAGGGUCUGAGAGGAAGGCUGAAGCCGAACCUUCAGAUAAGCCUGCCUUUUCACCAGCGAGUUCAUCAACCCAUGGUGCAACCUAUGAUACAGCCUAUGGUACAGCCCACCAUGCGGAAGGGGCCAGCAAAGAAAGCCGUCGUGGUCAAUAAGGCUCCUGUUUCCUCCUUCAAGUUGGAGGAGUCUGCUACUUUGGAGAUGUAG